AUGAUCCCAGGCUGCAGCGAUUGUUGCGCCCCUGGUGAGGAGGGCGGUCAAGCGCAGCAGCAGCAACAGCAGCAGCACCUGCAAGGCCAACGUCAACAAGCCCAGCUAAAUGUCCCAUCCAAUGCUCAUCUCCACGCAACUGCAGAGUCUGUGCGAUCUGUCACUCUCGAAGAGAGGACCGAAAGAGAACGAGCUGUUGCCAUUUCGGAGCAAACCGAGCGUCAGUGGGUCGCCAUCACUGCAUACCAGCCAGUUGACACCGUCGUGAAGACGGUAGAGGUUCCAGUUGUGAGAACUAUCGAAACAUACGUGCCGAAGGUAGUGGUGGAAGAGAAGAUUGUCGAGGUCCCCAAGUUUGUUCCGGAAUACGUCGAAAAGAUUGUGGAGGUCCCUGAGGUCAAGGUGGUCGACAAGAUAGUUGAGCUCCCACGCUACGAAUACCAAUAUAAAUAUGUGCACAAGAUUGAGACACAGGAGAAUAUAAUUCAGAGGCCCAAGUACGAGACCAAGUACGUGGAGAAAAUUGUCGAAGUCCCCCAAGUGAAGGAGGUUGUUCGCUAUCAGGAUGUCGAAGAAGUUGAAGAGGUCAUCAGGUAUGUUCCAAAAGGCCAGGUGGCUGAGGAAGAGUGGGAAAAGCUAAAACAGAAACACGAAGAGGAGGUCAAGAUAGAGAAGGAGGCCAGGGAGGCCCAGUACAAGGCUGAGCAAGAGUACCAACAAUUGAUUGCAGAGGAGCAAGCUGCUUAUGAAGCGAAGCGCAUGGGCAUGCCUAGCACGGGAGCUGCACCUAUCCCUCCAGCUCCCCGUUUGGAGCAAGUAUUCAAGCCUAAGGUCGUGAAGACUGUCGAAAUUCAAAAGCACGUCCCGGUCUCCGUUGAUGUUCCUGUGCCUUACAUGGUACCAAAGCCCAUUGUCGUCCCAGUUCAGGUGCCAGUUCUCAAGUUUAGGGACCAUUUUGUUCCAGUUCCCGUGAGGCGCCGUGUUGUUCCUCGCAUCCGCUGGACAAACGAUGUGUACGAGGUAGAGUGCAUUAAAGAGAAGCCUUACCUUCAGGUUCAAGACAUUAUCAAGCCCGUCCCAUGCGAUGUUGAAAUUAAGGUCCACGAGUUCGUAGAGAAAGCACAGCCAAUCAACCCUGCGGAGCUUUCACAAGCAGACGUUCAUGCAAUGUGGAUGAGAGUCAACGCGGACCUGGCGGAGAAGAGAAAAGAAGAGCUUGGCGAGAGGUAUCCGUAUAUCCAGCAUCCCGAAGGCACCGUAUUCGGGGAACCUGGCAGCAAGCGGACAGACGAAAGCGCAGAAGGAGCUGAAGUUAGUGACCCAGAAGCCCGUGAAGGCGUCGAGCCGUUGGCAUUGCAUCCUGGUCACCCUCUGAACAUGACAUACCUCCAGAACCAGUGGAUCAAGAAGGAAACUACAGCAACUCACGAAAUGUACACUCCCGAGUGGUUUGAGGCUCACCAGAAGGCCAUGCACAACUUGACGAUGCAGUAUCCGACCCAACUUCAGCUUUCAGCUGAACAGGCUGCGCGACUGCAGCAAGACUCCCAGGCCUUUGGCGAGGCACCGUGGGUAGAGGUGGAUGAGCAUGGGUUGCCGAAGCCGAAACCUCAGAAAACCGAACAAGCCGGUAAAUGCUGCAAUGCCUGCUCAGCAUCAUGCGGGGGAAGUGGCAGCUCGUGCUGUGCAUGCGGCGAAGAAAAUUAG